GAGCUUUCAACCCAAGACACCUUGACCAACUACGCUCGACGUUCCGACCAGUGUUCCGACGGUGCUCCUGGUCUUGGUUGGGACCAUCUGCCUCUGUGGACGCCGCCAUCGUGCCAUUGCCGUCCGCGCCAGCAGGUCGGACCGCGUAACAGACAACCAGCAACAACCAUUCCUGCAGCCUCUCAAACAGCACUUGGGAUCCCGAGUAGCCACGUACAGAUCUUGACGCGGCCACAGGACAGCCCAGAGAAAGGCGUGGACCUGCUGGUUCUAUCGUACCGUGCUUCUGCUAGAAGCCACCACCAUCAACCAUGCAUGAGCCGCGAGUAACCGGCCUGCUGGCGUGCGCAGACAUCCACUCGUAUCUGGGUCGCAGCCGCCGUCGGACAAGGUGCAUACAAACUUCAAGAUCGAUUUUCCGACGGCGGCGCUCGCGGCUUCUUGCCAGUUGGCCAUUCUGCGAUUUCGCUCAUGGUCGCACUCGGUGUCUUCAAGCUUACGUCGUCGGCGAUCAUCUUUGGCCUCGCGCUCGGCGGCGGCCUCUUCCCUCUCUACUGCGUGCGGCCCAACAGUGCCGUCCACAGCAUCCUCAACAUGGCGGCCGGCGGCAUCUUCCUCGCCGGCUCCUUUGUGCAUUUGCUGCCGGACGCGCUCGAGAACGCGCCGCUCGCUGCCCUCGGAUGUCCCUCGACCGCGACCGUGUGCUUUCCGUUUGCAUGCUUCUUCUACGGCCUCGGCUUUGCACUCAUCUUGCUCGUCGAGGGGGUGGCGCAUGCGGCGAAGGACAGAUUUCUGCCGCACUCGCCGGUCUCGGCGUCCGAACUGCUCCCGCUGCACGUCAAGACGCACACGGACCACGACGACGACGUGACGCACGCGCACAGCCACAACAUCCUCGACACGCCCGACACGACGGCGGCCUCGCUCGCGAUCUUUGUCGCCUUGUCCUUUCACUCGCUCAUGGAGGGCAUUGGCAUCGGCGCGGCGCCCGAGUCGGCGUGGAACCUCCUCCUCGCGAUCGUCGCGCACAAGUCGCUCGCGGCCAUGGCGCUGACGCUGGAGCUGCAGCACCACAACGUGUCGGCUGCCAAGAUCGUGCUGAGUCUCGCGAUCUUUGGGGCCAUGUCGCCAAUCGGGAUUGGCCUCGGGUAUGUGCUCGCGGGGGCCAACCCGGCCGAGUCGCUCGCGAGCGGUAUUUGCACGGCGCUGGCCGGCGGCACCUUUUUGUAUGUGGGGGCGAUGGAGGUCCUGCCCCAAGAACUCCGCAACAGAGAGCAGUUGGGCCUCAAGCUCACGGCUUUCUUUAUCGCAUUUGGGCUCUUUGCCGCGCUCGCGCUCUGGGUCUAGUGACGUUCGCUCGUAUUUCAAUUUUCUAUUCCCCACACUUAUUAUCUAACACGUUGGCAUCAAUUAUAUCCUAUCGUAUAUCUUUCGGUCUUGUCA